AAAAAAUAAUAUACAACGGCAAGACAUUGUUCCCUUAGCUGAUAUCUCAUUACUCGAGAGAUCAUAAAAGGAAAUAAGGAGGGAGAAGAUUCCUGUUGACCUGUUGUCAUUUUACAAUAGUUCAUAACCUAAAAUAAUAAUUAAAAUAUAUUUGGCGCGUAAAUAAAUAAACAUGCAAAAAAGUAUUACAUCAUUUUUUAAGAAAGUACCUACAAACGACAAAGAAAAUACUGGUGCUGGAUUGUCAGUUAGCGAUGUUGAAAAAAGGAAUAACACAACACCUACGAAGAAAACAGAGAGAUCACCAACACCAGAAAGGCUAAAAAUAGCAGAGGAGACAUCCCCAAAUAUUAAUAGUGUUAAAAGAAGAAGUAAAAGGGCACGGAUUUUAAGUAGUGAUGAAUCUGACCAGGAACAACCCAACUGUAUGGAUACUGAUACAAAGAACACCAAUGGACAGAAGACUGAUGAGAAAACAAUAGAAUUGGCUACAAAGAAACAGAAACGUAGUGAAACAUCUGAAAAACCAGUAGAUACAACUGAGAGUACAUCAAUUUCUACUAAUAAAAAUAAAAAAGAAGAAUCCACAUCACCUAAAGCAAAGACAUCACCUAAAAACAAAGAUAAGCCUGAUACAAAGGAAGAUAAGGAAAAGAUAAAAGAGGUUAAAGAAGUUUCAAAAGAUGAGCCGAAGAAAAAAGUGAACUCAUUUGUAUUUGGUGUUCAAAAAUCAGAUACAUCAACUAAAGAUGAUAAGAAAAAAUAUAAUCCAGCAUCAGCCAAAUAUGAUCCAAUCACAGACGCUACAUGGAAACACAAAGAAAAGGUUCCAUACAGUGCCUUAUCAACAACAUUUGAAAAAAUAGAAGAAAUAUCAGCAAGAUUAAAGAUCAUAGAGGUUCUUAGCAACUAUUUUAGAUCUGUCAUUGUUUUGUCACCAGAUGAUCUGUUGCCAAGUGUUUAUUUAUGUUUGAAUAAAUUGGCUCCUGCAUAUGAAGGUUUAGAAUUAGGAAUCGCAGAAACAAAUUUGAUGAAAGCAAUCGCUCAAAGUACAGGCAGAACUCUCGCCCAAAUUAAAGCUGACAGUCAAGAAGUUGGAGACUUAGGAUUAGUGGCAGAAAAAUCAAAAUCCAACCAACGAAUGCUUAUCAAACCUGCUAGGCUAACAGUGAAGGGAGUUUUUGACAAACUCAAAGAUAUAGCCAAAAUGACAGGCAAUGCAUCACAAGCAAAAAAAGUGGAAAAGAUCCAGUCAAUGUUUGUGGCUUGUCAGGAUUCUGAGGCCAGGUUUUUGAUAAGAUCGUUAGCUGGAAAGUUAAGGAUUGGCCUAGCUGAGCAAUCAGUUUUACAAGCUCUUGCGCUGGCUUGUACUAUGACUCCACCGGGACAAGAAUAUCCUCCUAAAGUGAUUAAUAGAGCAAAAGAGAUGGGUUCUGAUGCAUUUAAGGCAAAAUAUGAUAAAUAUGGUCUUAUCUUAAAAACAGCCUAUUGUGAAUGCCCUAGCUAUGAUAAAAUAAUCCCAGUCAUAUUAAGUACAGGCAUUAAAAGCUUACCAGAACAUUGUAAGAUUACACCUGGUAUACCUUUAAAACCAAUGUUAGCUCAUCCAACAAAAGGAGUCCAGGAGGUUUUGCAUAGAUUCGAUGGAUUGAAAUUCACAUGUGAAUGGAAGUAUGAUGGGGAAAGAGCUCAGAUCCAUAUAGAUGGCACAAAAGUUAGUAUAUUCAGUAGAAACCAGGAAAAUAACACUACAAAGUACCCUGACAUCAUUUCAAGGCUGGAAAAAUGUAGAUCAGAUGGAGUAAAUUCUUGUAUACUAGAUGGAGAGGUGGUGGCUUGGGAUACAGAGCAGAAACGGAUUUUGCCAUUUCAAAUUCUUAGUACACGGAAAAGAAAGGAUGCUAAUGAGUCUGAUAUUAAAGUUCAAGUAUGUGUUUUUAUGUUUGAUUUGUUAUACUUCAACGGAGAAUCUUUGGUUACUAAACCUUUCUCUGAACGAAGAGAAUUGUUGAAGAACAACUUUAAGGAAGUUGAGGGAGAAUGGAUAUUUGCAAAACACAUGGAUACCGCUACAAUGGAAGAGGUGCAAGAAUUUUUAGAUGAAAGUAUAAAAGGUAAUUGCGAAGGACUGAUGGUGAAAACUCUCCACAAGGAAGCGACUUACGAAAUCGCAAAAAGGUCGCACAAUUGGUUGAAAUUAAAAAAAGAUUAUUUGGAUGGUGUUGGCGACACUUUGGACGUAGUUGUUAUUGGUGGAUAUAUUGGUAAAGGAAAACGUACUGGACAUUAUGGAGGCUUCUUAUUAGCUUGUUAUGAUAAUGAUAAUGAAGAAUAUCAAAGUAUAUGCAAGAUUGGAACUGGUUUUACUGAUGAAAAUUUGGCGACGCAUUCGGAAUUUUUUAAAAGUCACGUUAUCUCACAACCAAAAUCAUAUUAUAGGUUUGACAGCUCACUUGAACCUGAUCACUGGUUUGAUGCAGUACAAGUGUGGGAAAUAAAGUGUGCAGAUCUAUCCCUAUCUCCUGUGCAUCGGGCGGGGAUAGGCAUCGUGGAUCCAGAAAAAGGAAUCUCACUACGAUUUCCAAGAUUUUUGAGAGUGAGAGACGAUAAAAAUGUAGAUGAGGCAACAACGUCGCAGCAAAUUGCUCGAAUGUACUCCAGUCAGGAACAAGUGAAAAAUCAGCAACAGCCAAAUAAGUUUGAUGAUGAUGAUUUUUACUAAACAUUUUUUGUUAAGAUAUAAGAAUUUACUACUAAAUAUAUUACAAAAUCCUGUCAUAAAUAUUUUUUGUAAUAAAAUACGAUUUAA